AUGGAUGUGCAACUGAAAGAAGACUUGGCCCACGUGACGCUUCGCCAGAGGCAUCAAGUACUCGUGCGCUACACCAAGAAUCUCCUCAACAACAUCUCAGGGCACAGUCCGCUUCUCUUCGAUGACCUUCUUCUUAGGAUCUCUUCAGCAAGCGGCGUGGCUUUCUGCCUGCGCGCUUUCAAGCAAGUGGAUUGGUGCUUGGAUGCGCUACUCGUCUCCAGGCAAAGGGCACUGGAUUCGCGCGUGGAUGAGGCGGCAGUAAAGACCUUUGUUGACAUCUGGAAGAAGCGCAAUCAAGCUGAGGAUCUGAUGCGUGGCAUUGCUGCUCGACUCGAACUUGAUCCACACGAGUCUUUGCUGUUCGCUCUGUAUCGUGCACUGAGCGCAAGAUCUGCAUCUCUCCUCGUCAAGGGUCUUUCAAAGAUCAAGUAUGCAGUCCAUCGGGCUGAAGACACUAGGAUCCCAGCCAUUGAGCUCCUCGUCGUCCGCCUAGCACAGGAUGUGCUUCAAGUUGAUGCGCUCAGCAAGCUCUUACCCGUUUGCACCGCUUCGUCGAUUGAGAACCUGCUAUGGACACUUGACGAUGAAAUCUUGCUCAGAUUGGAUCAGAUUUGCUUGGUUCUGCUCGUCGAAGCUCAGCCGCACGCAAUCAUAGGAUGGAUCGAGUCCACGGAUUCUAAACGCACUCCAGAGAGGGCAUCAUUUCGUCAAAACUUGAUAGCCAAAGUGUGCGUCGCGCAAAGUUCUUUCAGGAGCGAAAAUGCAUCCAUAGGUCUUGCGUUCACGAUGAGGCUCAUCAAGGGUCAGGUUGCGGAAGCAAAGGUGGACCAGUUGAGCGUAGAAACGAUACUCAAAGCUGUCGGCUCCCAACGUCAAGGCUCAACAAAACAUCAAUUGGAUCUUUGCAAUGCCUACUUCGCUUCAAGUCUUUCCCAGGAGACUGCAGUCUUGCAGACCAAAGGUUCGCUCAACAAGACGCUGCUCAAGCGUGCCGUUCGUGUCAUCAAGCUGCUCUUUGCGCGUGACGAAGCAGAAGAUGCAAGAGCUGCUUCUAGGCUGCUCGAGUGUCUUCCUAGCACUCCAUCCUCAACUUACCUGAAGAACUUGACCGAAGACCGUCUGCUACGGUUUCCUCGACCAUUGAGACCGCGCCUCAUUGCCAUACUGAACAAAGGUCCCAAGGCAACGUGGCAAGACCUGUUGGAAAGCGUGGACGAAGGGACGAUGGUGAGACUUGAUCUUUUGAGGAUGUUGGACACCGCGCAUGCGCUGGAGCUGGUCGAUGCCUUGCAGAGCAAAGGUGGUACGUGGCCCGUGAGAUGCGCAGGAUCAUGGGCUCCAAAGCGAAUCACCCUCGGACGGACGAGAGUCACGAAGCUGGAUCAACUCUCUCUUCGAGCUAAAGGCCGAUUCGUUCUGAGCUGUGCACGACUCGUCAUCACGGCUGCUGGGAGCGCCUCGGACGAGCCGUGGAGCGAAGUAGCAAAACGAAAAGAUACGUACACUGAGAAAGACCCAGCUUUGAGAGCUGGCAAAGCUAUCGUCGAGUCUUUUCUUCGAGGAGCAAAGCAUCAUGCCUAUAUUGAAGAGUUGCUCGUGAAAAGGGCCAAAUCGGGCGAACGAAGAGGACAUCACUGCGUCGUUGCAUUGUGCUUGGCCCUCGUCUCUGGGGAUGCAGAAAUGGUGCUCAAGACUUUUGGAGCCUUGUUGGAUCGAUGCAGGCGAGAUGCAGAUGCCAGACUGGCUCUAAGCUCUGUCAUCCACGUUCCUGGAGGUCUCAGCGAAGGAUUGGCGAUCAUCUUUCCGGUCAUUGGAGAUGCGUGCUUGGAUAAACUCGUCGCGUACGCUGCUUCUCGGCAGAAAGAGCCGGAUUUCAAUGAGCAAGAGACGAUGGCUUGGGAACACUUCCUCUCGGAAGUACUCAAGAGACGCAUCGAGGCCGUGCUGGAAGGUGAUGAUGCCGUGAUUUUGGAUGGGUUGCUCGCACCUUUGCAAAACGUCGACAAGUCCAUGGUAAGUCCUCGUCCACAGAAUGCGUAUGAAUGAAAGGGCACGAAAGUUGAAGCUUUAUCUUGCUUCGUGGCUAGCGACACUGUCGUGGCGUCACAGUGACGCCUCACGAUGCUGCUCGUCUGCCCCUGAUUGGCAGUUGGCUUGAUUGCCUGACCAAAAAGGAAUGGAACAUGUGCAGCUCUAAUCGAAGGGCUUUCAUACAGUCUCAGAAGAAUCCAUCAGUAUUUCGGACGCUCGUCACUAGGAUCGUGGAGCCGAGUGAGAACUUCAUGUCGCUCUACACUUUCGCUCGUCAGUACGCCAAUGCCUCUGCGGCUCUCGAGGAUGCUGAUGGAGGAGAGAGCGAGGUGAUCGAUGAGCAGGCCGAAGUGAGGCUUUGGAAGUGGGGCUUGAGCGAGGAGACGAAUGCGCAAGAGAUUCGUAGGAGGUGGGAGCACGGUACGCCGGGUCAAAAACGCCGCCUUAUCAGUCUGUGAGUCCGAAUAUUCUGGCUUCUCGUGCCGCUCGCGUGCUCUUACUGAAUCAUCAUUUGUCGCGUCAUACAACCUCUUCGUAGCUUGGCCCUGCAAAGUGGCUUGCUACGAAGAGCGCUGCAUCCUAUACUGGGUCGGUAUAGCGCCAGACAGCUCUAUGUUGACGAGCUCGAGAUCGACCCCCAGGUCUUCACCACUCUGCGAGUCCGCGCACGUGAUCUUUGGCUAGACGCAAGAAGACCAAGAUAUCGUACUUCGGCUCAAAGCCUGUCGAGAUUGACGGAUCUCAUACGACUCGACGUGCAUGCUUCGGACCAUCCCGAGGUACCGCAGCAGUGGCAGGACGCUACGCGAUUGGGCUCGGAGCUCUUUGUAGCUGCGCCUGAAACGGAGGACGAUAUGGACGUGAAGCAGGGAGGGAAUUGGCAAGAAGAUUUGGAAGAGAUGGUUGCUCUGGGACACAUCGAAGUGGAGCAGGUUCUCUUUGCAGCGAGCAAAAUCACAAAUUUCCACGAGACCCUCGUGCCUAUGCUCAAGCUCAAAAUUCUAGCCAUUCUAGCCCGAGCUUCGAACCCCGCACUCUUGUUGCCCGAGUCCAAGGCAAUCCUGCUCGAUACGGACCUUUCGGCAUGGCACCGAAGCCUGUGCCUCAACCUUUCCAUUUUGAAGAAGUUGCGCCGCCCAGUGGCAAGAGGGUGGAUGUUGACGCUCUACAAGGCUUGCCAACAUGCGAUGCAGUACCAUCGGCUGAGCGAAAAGGACAAGAGUGCUCCGCCUCCCGUCAAGGUCAGCACGGCCAAAGCAUUGGUAGAGCGAGCGCGGGACUCGGGCAUCUUCGAUCCGGACGAGACGAUCGACUUUGCGCUCCUUGUGUUGGAGAUGAUGCCACACAUAGACGUCUACUUGCUUGUGGCAAACCUCUUUGUGCAAUUGUCACUCAAGGGUAUCGCAUUGGAGCGAUCUAGCGUUCUGGUUGCAUUGCUCAUUCGACGCCAGCCGAUGGAGCAUCGGAGCGGUCUCUUUGACAAGACCUUCAACCUUCAGCCUUGUCCACCCGACCAACAAAAGGAGGUCACCAGUCUUUUUUGCAACGCGACACGGUCUCAGCUGGAUUUGAGCGACCGCGCAAUCGUACAAUACAACAGCACCAUGUAUCUGCCAUCGCUCGAAGCGAUUUCGGAAGCGUAUCAAGCAGAGCUGGUACCGUUGAUACAUCAAGAUUCGUCGAGUGAACUCCAACAUAUCCUGAGAGUCUACAAAACACCCAUAGAAGCGCUCAAUCAAGGCACAAGACCGCAUCUGAUUGCGGCGAUCGCUCGAGCAGGAGGCGACGGUGCAGAGGCUUUCUUGGGCUUGCUGUAUCAAGCAAGCAGGUGCAUCCGCACGAUGCAGCGGCAAGUCGAUCAGAUCAAGGACGAGGACCUGUCAGCGGAACAAAAGCAUGGUCUGGACCGUCUGAGGUGUGUGAACAGCAGACGAUGGAUGAGAGCAGGGAUGGUGCAAACGAUUUGUCGAGCUUUGCGCUCCACUUUGGAAGACGAGACGCUCAGAAGAGCUUCUUCCAGCGCCUCGGAUAGACUCAUCAAUCUGCUCGUGCAGAUUGCGGGUCCCUACAUCGAGCAAAGCGAGAGAAAUACGCCGAUCACAAUCGUGCGGGAGCUUGUGCAUCUGCACCUCGCCAAACCUGCCGAGCGCGGAGAGGUGCUCAAAGCUGCCCGGUGCAUCCUCUCGCAAACUCAAAAGGCUGCUCGCUACUCGACCUCAACCAAGCUCGAUCUAGAAUUGCAUGCGGGAGUCUACGCUAUGGAAUGGAGUUUGUUGGGCUGCGUCAGCAUUUCGGAACAAGCUGCAACGACAAUCGACCUCUUUGAGCGCUUCGUCAAGGUCGCGCAAGGCUAUGCGGGAGCAGCGGCCUUUCGUCGCGCGUUCAAGCUGUUCGAAUUCCAGACGGGCCAUGCUGGACAUUUGUUUGAUCAUGGCACGGACAACAAAGGAUGGCAUGCGCGUCUGGGACUUAUGCAGCGUCUGAUAGCACAUGCUCGUCGACAUCCAGACGAAGCCGCCCGCCAAUUCAUCAUGGACAGACUGAUCGACUGGUCAGAGGUGCUCGUCAAAGUUAGACUGCCGGCGGAGAAGGUUGCGCAAGUGAAGAGCUUUGUGCAGAAGAUGCAAGACGGUUGGUCAGAGCUUGAUCUGCAGGUAGAGCUGAUGAUCAGAUCUGCAAAUCUGUUGCAAAAGGAGGAAUGGUCCCACACUGUAGCAUAG